AUGUUCAUGCAGGUGGGACUACGCGAGGAAGAUCGCGACGCACUGCGCUACCUCUGGCGGGGAAACCGCCGAGAUAGCCGGCCGCCAGAGGUGUACCGAAUGAAGGUAUUAAUCUUUGGCGCAUCGUGCUCUCCUGCGACGGCGAUAUACGUCAUGAAUCGCAACGCGGAGAGACACCGACACACGCAUCCUGAGGCUGUCGAGGCGAUCAAGAAGAAACACUACAUGGACGACUACCUCGACAGCUAUGAAGAUGAACACAGGGCGAUAACAAUCGCUACUCAGGUGCGUAACAUACACAGAGAAGCUCACUUUGAAUUAAGGAAGUGGACGAGUAACUCGCCCGCGGUGUUGAAGGCGCUCGGCGAAUCGCCCAAUGCAACCGAAGCGGUGGAAAUAGAAAGGACUGAACGAGUCCUAGGCCUUAUUUGGAGGCCGCAAGAAGACAGGUUGGCGUUCAACCUAGACUUGGCCCGGUUGGUGUCGCCGAUAACUGUGCGGGCUAAACAGCUAUUACAGGAGGUGUGGCGACGCGGCACCGAUUGGGACGACCCGAUCGACGACGAACUGUCCGCCGCCUGGGUGAACUGGCUCACCCAUUUGAAGCAACUCAGCGGCGUAACAGUGCCGCGCUGCUAUCCCGGCUACUCCCGAGCGAGAAAACUCCAACUCCACGUGUUCACCGACGCCAGCGAGUCAGCCUACGCGACCGCGCUCUACUGGCGCGCCGAGGACGACGACGGACGAGUCACAGUCACGUUACUGGCGGCCAAGGCAAGGGUAGCUCCACUCAAAUUAACCUCCAUACCACGGCUUGAACUACAGGCAGCUGUACUCGGCGCACGGAUGGCUGCGAGUGUGACACAGGAGCACUCCAGGCAGCCAGAAUCCACGACCUACUGGACCGACAGCAAGACAACACUGUGCUGGAUCAGAACGGGAGCCAGGUCGUACAAGCCCUACGUAGCGCAUCGAAUCGCCGCGAUAGAAGAACACACACAGGCGAAUCAAUGGAGAUGGGUGCCUACACGCUACAACGUUGCCGACGACGCUACGCGCGACGUUCCCGACAACUUCACGCGGGAACACAGGUGGUUCAACGGACCAGAGUUCCUCCGCGACCCGCCCGAACUAUGGCCUGCGGAGGAAACACAGCUGAGCACCGACACGGGUGAGGAAAGAGUGAACACUAUUACAGAGCGUCGGGAGAAACAGUACAAGGAAGUCCUGCCCGACGUGAAUCGAUUCUCAAAUUGGAAUCGCUACGUUAGAGCUGCCGCCCGCGUACUACAAGCAGUACAACACUUCAAACGACGCGUCAACACGGUCCAUUACAAGAGGACCAAGGCGGCCGCAAGCGAGAAUCCGGAUUGGAGGCGCAACGAAGCCGCGAAAAAUGCGGCGAAACGAGUCGUACAAGCACCGGAGGAGCGAUUCGUGACGCUACCAGCCGAGUUGCAAGAAGAGGCCGAGCGCAUAAUCAUAAAGGCGAGUCAGGAGGCCGCCUUCGAGGAAGAACUACGCUCACUCGAAAAGGAAAACCCGUGUCAAAAGAAAGCAGGUUGCGUGGAGAGCGUCGUCAAUUACUGUCGGCAGUACAAAUGGGUCAUUCGACUGCGCCCGACGGUCAAGGCGGUAGUCAGGAGCUGCGUCAAGUGCCGCCAGAGGGCGGCCACUCCACCGCAACCGAUAACGGGAGACUUGCCUCCCUGCCGACUGGCGCAUCAUCACCGGCCGUUUACAUACACCGGUUUGGACUAUUUCGGCCCGCUCACAGUCACCGUGGGCCGGAGUAGUCAAAAAAGGUAUGUCGCUCUCUUCACAUGCCUAACAGUGCGGGCGGUGCAUCUCGAAGUGGUGCACUCCCUGAGUACACAAGGAGCGAUCAUGGCUCUGCGGCGCAUGACAGCGCGCCGCGGGAGCCCCGCCGAGAUCUGGUCCGACAACGGGACAAACUUCCACGGCGCAGAAAAGGAGCUGCGCAACACCCUCCUCGCUGGCGCCGAACAAGAGGCGUCGCGGAGGGCGAUUAGAUGGCGUUUCAUCCCUCCGGGCGCACCAUUCAUGGGUGGCGCCUGGGAACGGCUCGUGCGGUCGGUCAAGACCGCGCUGACGACGGUGCUUCACGAGCAGAGGCCACAUGAAGAGACGCUGUCGACGCUACUCGCCGAGGUGGAGUUCACAGUCAACAGCCGCCCACUGACUCAUGUGUCGGUGAACCCCGAAGAUCCGGAGGCCCUGACGCCUAACCACUUUCUGUUGGGCUGUCAGGGCCCACUCGCCGCACCUAAUUUUCCAGCCGAACACGGCUACGGCACACAUGCCGACCUUCGAGCGUCGCAGCAGCUGGCCGACGCUUUCGGACCCGCUGGUUACGAGAGUACCUUCCCGAGCUCCGCAACCGGCGGGAGCCCCGCAGCAAGGGACCAGAGCUACACAUCGGCGACGUCGUGCGCAUCGUGGACGGGACGCUCCCACGAAACACUUGGGUGCGUGGCCGCAUCUGUGCUACGCAUCCGGGACCUGACGGCGUGA